GCAAAUUUGGUGCAGCUGCAGUUCGGAUUCCAAGUUGUCACGAUUUUAAUAAAUCUCAGUAAUUUAGCAUGAAACGUAAUUAUUGUCCUUUUAAAUCUUUUUAAAAGUAAUAACAAUGCUACGAGGCACAAAAAUCACCGGUGAGCCCUAAUUUCACAACCAAAUUUUUGGCAGAGUGAUUGUUUUGUUAUUACAAAAUAUUUAUUCUGAAGCAAAUCGCCAGAGAAAAAUUACUCGUAUUUUGUGGACUGUCCGAUCUGUGACAUUAAUUGUUGCACACUUUUUAUAAAAUGUCUCAGAUCAUGAUCAGAAGUCCCAAAAAUGUUCUUCAAAGGUGCUACUUUCCUCUUACGCAAAUCAGAACAAAAAAGCAGACUGCCGGGGUGGACUCGUUGCGGGAGCGCAACAAGCAGCGAUACUGGCGAUUCCCGAAGACAAACACAGAUACUCGGCAAGUCUUCGACUACUUCCUAGUGCUCGACUUUGAGGCAACCUGUCUGGAGAACGAAAAGAUUGGCGUGCAGGAGAUAAUCGAGUUUCCGUGCAUCAAAGUAAACGCGAUCACCCUGGAACCGGAAGCUGUGUUCCACCAGUACGUCAUGCCCACAGUCAACCCGCAGCUCAGCGACUUCUGCACUAAACUGACCGGAAUUACCCAGGAAAUGGUGGAAGGGCAGUGCAAUUUUAAGGAGACGCUAAAGCACUUCAGCAAGUGGAUCCAAGAGCAAGGCUGUGCGACAAACAGAAGCGCCUUCGUCACCAGCGGCGACUGGGACCUGAAGAUCCUUCUACCUAAACAAUGUCACCACGAAGGCGUCGACAUGCCCAACUACUUCGCGUCCUGGAUUAAUAUUAAACAGGCAUUUGCUGACGCCACAGGGCAAUAUCCCAGAGGAAUCAUUGAUAUGAUGACAAGACUGAAUCUCAAACAUUGCGGAAGACUGCACAGUGGACUGGAUGACUGCCGGAACCUGACCAAAAUCCUGCAAAAGCUUGCGUUUGAGGGCUUUGUUUUCCACAAAACCGGAUUUCUUUGGAAGAGCUAACCUGUUGUUAUAUAAUUUAUCCAUUAAAUUUCUGUUUUACCCCAAAAUCAAAAGCAGUUUGUUAUUUACAAAAUCAACCAUAGUUGAAGUUUAUUAUUGAUUUCCAAUACAAAUAUUUCAAUUAACUGAUUUUUCAAAUGUUAUUGAAGAGUUGCCAUGUAAUGUCUGACGAAAGCAACCGAGGGCUCUGCGCGUGCCACUAGAAAACCAACAUGUGUCGCAUUCGCACGAAAAACCAGCAAUUUCUUUUCUGAACGUCAAAAAUGUAAUUCACAUAACAUUUUACGGGUUAAAAUUAACA